CUUGUGUGACGUCAGCAAGAGUUCUGAAUGAUAUGUGUAUCCGUGAAGGCGGCACGUGUGUUGGCUCGCAAGCAGCUUGUACAGGAUGGGUAGAGCCGCAUGAUCUGAGUUGUAGUCAGGGUGUAUGCUGCAAACCAAAACCCUCUACAGCGAACCCAGAACCGGCCAGUCCAAAUAAUGAUACAUGUGGAAUAAUCACACGAGUGACAACACCAAAUCGUCUGCUUCGGAUAGUGGGCGGGGACGCUGCAUUAGAAGGGGCUUGGCCAUGGCAGGUGGCCCUUGUCGACCGCUUUGGAGACAUCUUCUGUGGAGGAACGCUGGUUACUACUGAAUUUGUUGUGACUGCUGCACACUGUUUUGUGUCUUACGCGGAAGGAGACUUUGAGAUAGUACUUGGAGAGCAUCAUCUUGUCUAUCAAACCGGAAAUGAAAUAAGACGCAAGGCAAAGGUUAUAAUUAAGCAUUCCGGUUACACGACCGCCAACAAUGCAGACGACGUAGCGUUUAUCCAGCUCGACACACCGGUUGAUAUUUCCGGUCACUACAUUCGCACCGCUUGCCUUCCGGAACAGGCUCAACUCUGGACAAUCACGGAUGAGUGCUAUGUUUCAGGCUGGGGUUAUACACGAAGUAUAGAUUCAGACGAUCGUCAUCUGCAUCAUUUGAAGGUGAACAUUGUCUCGAACUCGGACUGUGCUGCAGGUUGGGGUGUUCAUGCCAACAUCACAGAUAAUCAAAUAUGUGCUGGUACAGGCACCUCAGGAACCUGCCAGGGUGACUCAGGAGGACCAUUGGUCUGCACACGUGGCGGUAUUUACUACUUUGUUGGUAUUACGUCAUUUGGUCAUUACACGUGUAGGCAGGACGGUUUCCCCGACGUUUACACGAAAGUUCUUAGUUACAAAGAUUGGAUGACGUCAUAUAUGCUUCUCCUUAAAGUAAUCGUUUAGGAGAUUGGAAAUAUUGAAAUCAACUGAAACAAACAUUUGUUUUCAUGUUAUAUUUAAUGUAUCCAGUAUGUCCAACUGAAAAUAAAAUAUUGAAUACAG